AUGCCCAAGCUCUUCAUAUGCGAUGAGUUGGCGAGAUUUCUCGAGAAUGAUGAUCCACUUGCCCAAGAAAUCGAUCUCAUUGUGGUGAGCCCGAUGAGACGAACCUUGCAAACAGCGCAGCAAGGCCUGGGAUGGUUGAUGAAGCGUGGUGUCCCCGUUAUACUUCGACCAGAAUGGCAGGAAAACUCAGACAAGCCAUGUGAUACAGGAACGCCCAUUGAACUUAUGGAGAAGGAGUGGCCACAAUUUGACUGGUCAGGUGUCGAUCCACUCUUUCCAGCGAAGUCUGGUCUCUAUGAGUUUUCAAAGAAGGCCUUGACUGAGCGAGGAAUCGCAGCUAGAAAGUGGUUACAGCAACGCCCAGAGAAAGUCAUCGCUGUGGUCUCUCAUUCAGCAUUCCUUAGGACUUGCAUCAGCUACAGACAUUAUGCGAAUGCGGACUAUAGAAUUUUUGAUUUUGCUGAUGAAGAUGGACAAGGAAAUGCUGAGCUCGUGGAACAGGAGGUGACUCAAUCAAGGGGCGGAGGCUUAGGGAAGAGUCCAAAGGGGGUUUUUGGAAUGACCGUUGAUGAUUACCCUAACGAGAUCGAAAAGAGCAUUGGUGAGGCAACAAAUGAGCUUCCAAACUAG